AAACAAACAGGAACAAAGUAACCCACUGCUGUUGUCUAACAUUUUCUGAGGAACUGCAACAGAAAUACCACUGCAGAAGUAUUAACGUGGAGGUCCUUAGAGGAGAGAGCUGGUGCUAAGCCAUGUUUCUGUCUUGCAAGGCUUCUCUGUAACACCAUGCAGAGCACAAGGAGCACAUAUGCAAAAUUCAAGACUGUGGUUCUCAAUGGGUGGCCUGGCCUAAGACCAUGUCGAAGUCGCUGAAGAAGAUCGUGGAGGAGAGCAGGGAGAAGAACCAUCCCGAGGUGGACAUGUGCGACCGCGGCAUCUCCAACAUGCUGGACGUGCCCGGCCUCUUUACCUUGUCUCAUAUCACACAGCUGGUUCUGAGUCACAACAAGCUUACAACUGUGCCAGCAAACAUCGCAGACCUGAGAAACAUAGAAGUGCUCAACUUCUUCAACAACCAGAUUGAGGAGCUGCCUACACAGAUUAGCAGCCUUCAGAAGCUCAAACACCUGAAUCUUGGCAUGAACAGGUUAAACACCUUGCCAAGGGGAUUUGGCUCUUUACCAGCUCUGGAGGUUCUUGACUUGACUUACAACAACUUAAAUGAAAAUUCUCUACCAGGAAAUUUCUUCUACCUGACCACUCUGCGUGCACUCUAUCUAAGUGACAACGAUUUUGAAAUCCUGCCUCCAGAUAUUGGGAAGCUCACAAAGUUGCAGAUACUGAGUCUUAGAGACAAUGACCUGGUAUCACUGCCUAAAGAAAUUGGUGAGCUCACUCAGCUUAAGGAACUUCAUAUCCAGGGAAAUCGUCUCACUGUGCUGCCCCCAGAACUGGGUAAUUUGGAUUUGACUGGUCAAAAGCAAGUCUUCAAAGCAGAGAACAAUCCUUGGGUUACCCCUAUUGCUGACCAGUUCCAGCUGGGAGUGUCUCAUGUUUUUGAAUACAUUCGUUCAGAAACAUAUAAAUAUCUGUAUGGCAGACAUAUGCAGGCGAAUCCUGAACCUCCAAAGAAGAACAAUGACAAGUCAAAGAAGAUCAGCCGGAAGCCUCUGGCAGCCAAGAACAAAUAAGUCCCUGGCUUCUGCCUCUGUUUUUAUUGGGUUUUUUUACAUUGCUUUUGCAUGUGCCUAUAAUAUUCCUAUGCAUCUCCUGUUACUCAAAAGAAAGCAGACACUGGAGGUAAAAGCAAUUCACUAUGUAUGCUGCUUCAGAAGAGACUGAUUAAGGAAUACAAAAUUAUACAUUCUCCUAAUUAUGGUCACACUUAUGUAGCCAUUUAAUAUAUCAAUGUCAAACACAUUUUGGCUUUUCUAUUUGUAUGUAUAUUAAUGUCCUCUAUUCACAUGUAUCACAUCCUGUUAAUAUCAGCGGGUUUGCACCUAUAUUAUACAAUAUUAAAUUUCAUACAAUAUUCCAAGUUAUUUUAAUAAAGGUCUUUAUUUGUA